AUGGACGUGCACGUUGACAUUGACGUUGACGUUCACGUUGAUGUUCACAUUGAUAUUGAAGUUGAUAUUCAAGUUGACGUUCACAUAGACGUUCACGCUGAUGUUUACGUUGACAUUGAUACUAACAUUGCCAAUUACCUUCAAGUUGAUAUUCACGUUCAUUUUGAUGUUCACUUUGUUAUUAAUGCUGACAUUGACGUUCACGUUGACAUUUACGUGGACGUUUAUGUUGACAUUUAUGUGUAUGUUGAUAUUGACGUUCGCGUUCACUUUUAUAUUGACGUUCAUGUUAUCUUUUUCAUGGACGUUGACAUUCACGUUGAUGUUAACGUUCAUGUUCAUGAUGAAGUUCACAUUGACAUUCACGUUAACAUUGAUAUUGACGUGCACAUUGACAUUCCCAUUCACAUUUAUGUUGACGUUCACAUUGACGAUCAUGUUGAAGAUUAUGUUGAUGUUGACGUUCUUGUUCAGGUUUACAUUAAUAUUUACGUUGACGUUAAUACUAAUGUUUACAUUGAUGUUCAAGGUGACGUUGAUAUUGAUAUUGACGUUCACAUUGACAUUUACGUGGAAGUUGAUAUUGACAUUUAUGUGUACGUUGAUGUUGACAUUGAUGUUCACAUUCACUUUAACAUUGACACUCACUUAACAUUGAUGUUGAUUGAUGUUUACAUUGAAGUUCAAGGUGACAUUGAUGUUGACGUUGAUGUUCACUUUGACGUUCAAGUUUACAUUUACGUUGGUCACAUUGAUGUUAGCGUUGACGUGUACGUUCAUAUUGACAUUGACAUUUACGUGCACGUUUACAUUCACGUUCAUGUUAACGUUUACAUUCAUGUUAAUGUUUACGUUAAUGAUUAUAUUGACUUUGAAAUUGACGUGAAUGUUGACAUUGAUGUUGACGUGCACAUUAACGUUGACAUUGACGAUGAUAUUCAUGUUGAUACUAAAAUUUACGUUGACAUUCACGUUGAUAUUAACAUUGACUCUGAAGUUUACAUUGAUAUUUACAUUGACAUUCAAGUUGAUGUUUACAUUCACAUUGACGUUUACAUUGACGUUCGCGUAGAUGUUAAUGUUAACAUUGACGUUCGUGUUAUUAUUUCCGUUGAUGUUUAUUUUGAGGUUUAUGUUCACAUUAACAUUGAUGUUGACAUUCCUGUUAACGUUCAUAGUGAUGUUUACAUUGACGUUCAAGGUGAUGUUGAUGUUGAAGUUGACGUUCACUUUGAUGUUUAA